CAGCCACAUCCACACUCUCUCAGUUCUCACACACCACUCGUCCCUAUUCCGUCUCUCAUACAACACCAAACCCUAAAUUUCUCGACAAUUCCUCGCUCUCAUACCUUCAAAAUCCUCAACUUUCGGGUGUUAUCUGCAUCAAUGCCGGGUAUUGGAACACAGAUGCGUCAUCCGAGAUCUACCCGGUCUGUUGUUUUGAUGUUCUGUCUGUGUAGUAUCUCGUUUUUCGUUCUGAAGGCUAUGGGUGUGAAUCUAGGACGACUUUAGUUAGUGCCUUCGAAGUUGAUGGGUACCCGUACGGGUUUCAGGUGUUAAAAUUCGUUCGUUUGGGGGUCAUUAUCCUGUCGGAUCCUGGGUUGUCGGAAAUUGUCUUGACGGAUCUCUGCCAGUGGCCUUGUUGCUAUUCUUGAUCUGAAAGGGAGAACCAUUUUGUCGAGCGAUUGUGGUGGAUGAUAAGUGCAGGGAACAGAUCUCUUGGUUUUCGGCGCUUAGUAACUCGAAUCUCUUUGGCAGUUAUGUGAUUUUCGGUGCUUAUGGGUUAUUAUUAGUGUAUUGGAAAAGUGGAAAACUUUGAAUUAUACGAGCCACCGAAAAUCUCUGGCCUCUCUGUUCGUAUAAGAGUAAAAGCCAUGCCGUUGAAGAGUCUUAUUCAGGACAUGAGGGAAGAGCUGGGAAGUAUGUCUAGAAAGGGAUUCGGGUAUGGGAUGAGAUCAAGGUCUCAUCGCGUGGUUCAGGAUUGUUCGGUGUCAGUUGAUGCUUUCAAGCAGAGCUGUUGGGCCAAUAUGCCGCCGGAGCUCCUGAGGGAUGUCUUGAGGAGGAUAGAGGAAUCCGAAGAAAUUUGGCCUUGUAGGAAGAACGUAGUUGCUUGCGCCGGUGUUUGUAGGAACUGGCGAGAAAUCAUGAAGGAGAUUGUUAAAGUUCCUCAAGUUUCGGGCAAGUUGACGUUCCCCAUCUCCCUGAAACAGCCGGGUCCAAGGGGAUCACUUAUUCAGUGCUAUAUAAAGAGAAUUCAUGGCAGUCAAAUUUACCAUCUAUACCUUGGGUUAAAUCAAGGUAACUAA